AUGCACUUUCUCAAGAUCGACACCGACUGGCACCCAUCCACAGGCAUCGGAAGAUGGUGGAUCAAAGAGUCGACCCUCCUCCAUAUGUCCUCGGAUGACGAUGAAGAAGAAGGUGAUCCUAUGGCCAUCGAGGUCAGAAGGGAAAGGCGGCCAACACACAAAGUAAACGGUACCCUGAAACCUCUAUACCCCACCUCACAAGCCGACAUCUCCUACUACACCAACUUGCACAAGCAACUCGCCAAGCUCUCCGUUACGUGCAACGAAGCUGCCGCUGUUGCCAAAAGCCUCGUGAAGCGACCAACCGCCUUUCGUUUGGAUAACGGCCGGCUCGUCAGCCUCAACUCCGCCUCAGAUGUUAUUUACCUAGACUACAUCCCUCCUGAUUUCUAUGAAGACAGCAUACGCUUUACCAGAGGUCUGAACUGCUCAGGGCUGGACCAGAUCCGCAAGGUUGCCAUGAGAUACUGCCACAAAUGGCAUGACCGAAAAUCACCACUGCGGUGCCCUAAUUGCGGCCAGAUUCAUGAAAUGCCCGUUAGACUGAGGUAUCCAAAGCACCUAUACCGGUUCUUGGCACAAUAUCUUCCCAACUUGGAAGAAUUCUACUUUGUUGACUAUCUGAUUCUCCGCAAAUCUCCUGGAAGUGAUACCGGAACCCAUACCGACACACCAGGAUCCUCCAACGGCCCAAGUGGUAAGUGA